AAGAAAUUGCUCUUUGCGAGUUUAAUCUUUUUUUUUUGUAAUUUUUUAUUAUUAAAAAAAAAAAUCUUAUCCAGUAGUUGACAGGAAAAGUCAAAUUCAUUAGUUACAAGGCAGGGGAACCCUGGUAUAGGCUUCAUAGUAAGUGUUGGUUAGUAGUUCACAUUAUAAUUGCAAAAUCAUUUUCAUCAUUGAAAUGUUGAUGUGUGUAGAACGGUGUGUGAUUGGCUCAUGAUCAGCUCAUGAAUAUUCAGUCAACAGUCAAAGGCUGAAAUGAAUCAGAUAAAAUAAAUGAACAGGAACUCUGUCGUACAGUAUUUGGAGUCACUGUUACAGAUAAACAUCUUUAACCCUUCGUGUGAUGGGGCUGAAGUCCAGCUGGUAGUGUCCCAGUGGACUCUGGGUUACGGUUGGCAGUGUCUGACUCAAUCAGUAUUCAACAGGAGCUUGAGAUCAUCAGACAAACAGAUAUCGUCCAGAACGUGACACACUGAUACAGGAUGGUGAAGUUGUGGCUUUGUCUCUUUCUGUUGGCGGGAGUCCAGACCGAACCGUCACCUGCCAAAAACAUCCACCUGCUCGCUGCAGACGAACACAAAUUCAUCUUAAACCUCGGACAAAAAGAUAUUCCUCGGGACUGUUAUGAGCUGUGGCAGAGCACUGGCGGUCAGGCGAGAGAUGGCGUAUAUCUCAUCAAACCUGCAGAUUCGCCCAUCGUUGUCUACUGCGCCAUGCAUGAGGGCGGGUGGACGGUCGUGCAGCACAUCACGGUCAACAGCAGCGUGGAUUUUGACCGCACCUGGGAUGAAUACAAGCGUGGAUUUGGAUCCCUCACCGGUAACCACUGGCUGGGCAACGACUAUCUCCAUCAGCUCACCAGCGGACCGGAACGAUACAAGCUCGGCAUCAAACUGGUGGACAAAGAUGCUGUGACGAAGACGGGCGAGUAUGACCCAGUGUUGGUGGAGAAUGAGGAGGCCCAGUAUCGUCUGCGCCUCGGGCUCUUCCAGGGCACGGCGUUGGAUGCUCUCACCCUGGAUACGGAAAACUAUCUCCAUGACAAUCAGAGGUUCACUACCAAAGACCAGGACAACGACAACUACUUCCAGAACUGCGCCAAGCUGGAGUUCCAGGGCGUCGCAGGCGGUGGGUGGUGGUAUGAUGCCUGUGCCGGUGCGAACCUGAACCGCAGAAACGUCAUCUACUGGCAGAAAGACUGUAACAAAGAACAUCUGUGUAAAUACGCCUGGAUGAUGGUGAAACCCUCUGAUCACGUCAAAGUCAUCCAUUCCAGAGAAUGCAAAAAAGACGAACUCUGAUCCAAUCACUGAAAACAUACAGUGGCUUCAAAACAUAUUGUGACAUAUCACAUUUGAUUUAAUAUUUUCUUAUCUAAUGCAAUGAAAUUCAGACAUUUAUAAGAGUGACUGAAUUGAACAAAUACUUUUUGGGGCCGCUGCAUCUGUGGUAAUGAAUUUUUGUGGUAAUGAAAUUGAUUUAGGGAUCAUUGAUCAGACUAUUCAUCACUUUAUAAAGAAUUAACAGGAUCAAAUUCAUUUUCUUAAGUGGAUAUUUAAAUGUUAGAAUUAUUUGUACUGGAGAGUCCAAAAGACACACACCACACACACACACACACACACACACACACACACACACACACACACAUACACACACACACACAUACAUACACAUACAUACACACACUCACACACACACAUACACACACACACACGUCACACAUACACACUCACACACGUCACACAUACACACUCACACACACUCUCACAUACACACACUCUCUCUCACGCGCACACACACACUCACACACACGUCACACAAACACACUCACACACAUUCACACAUACACACACUCUCUCUCUCUCUCACACACACACACACGUCACACAAACACACUCACACACAUUCACACAUACACACACUCUCUCUCUCACACACACACACACACAUGUCACACAAACACACUCACACACAUUCACACAUACACACACUCUCUCUCUCUCACACACACACACACAC